UCUCCACUUUUAUUCAGUCCCACCUUUUUUACUGCCUCGCGAGACUUUUUCUCUCUCUCUAGAUUUUACUCCUCCGUCGUCUACAUUUUCUCCACCACCCGCCACCGUCCUCCGUCGUCAACAUCGUCAUGGCAGCAACUCUAGAUACAGAUGUGAACAUGAUACCAGCUGGUGAAACACCAUCAACAGCUGUUGCUGGUUCUUCUUCAUGUUGUUCUUCAAAUAAAAACGACAAACCUAAAAGAUUUGAGAUCAAGAAGUGGAACGCUGUUGCUCUUUGGGCUUGGGAUAUUGUGGUGGAUAAUUGUGCGAUUUGCAGGAAUCACAUUAUGGAUCUAUGUAUUGAAUGUCAAGCAAAUCAGGCAAGUGCGACUAGUGAGGAGUGUACUGUCGCUUGGGGGGUUUGCAACCAUGCCUUCCACUUCCACUGCAUCAGUCGUUGGCUCAAGACUCGUCAAGUUUGUCCAUUGGAUAACAGCGAGUGGGAAUUCCAGAAGUACGGUCACUAGUGCUACACUGAUGACAAGCAAGUCAAGAUAUAUGACCUUGUAUCUUCUUCCUUCACUCUGACAACUCUUGUAGUAAAGCCUGUAUCUGAAUUUCUCAUGCUUUUGCACGCUUUUCUUUUGUUUUUCUCCCGAUCAUCUUGAAUUUUUGGGGUGUGAAGUUUCUCCAGUUCCAUUCAAAUAUUAAAACUCAUUUAAGAUGUUCAUUAGUUACUACUGGGGGCAAAAUAUGUAAGACAGGUAGGUCUUGAGUUGUUAGACCUGGAUGAUAAAUCCUCUGUUGAUAAAUGCUUAUUUGUUUCUGUUGAUCAAUUUGGGAAAUCAAAGGUCAAUGACGGUAAGGAAAA